UCAGGUCAAAUACUCUACUCCAAUUAGUAAAGGGGACCUGCUGAUCAACUAAAGACAUAAAUAAAGGACGACUUAAACAUGACGCCAUUUUUCUCGUUUGUAUUAUUAAACAUUAGCAUUAUAUUUCUUAUGACGCUGAAACUAGUGAAUGCGUCUGCAAGUCUUCAAGUGGGUUUAGUGUCAUUCAAUAGCUCAGGGCGCCUCCAAGAUGGCCCAAAAUGCGAGAGAAAAAAAGAAUGUGACAAUCGAUUUUCAAUAUGUCUUCAAAAUGAAAAAAGAUUUAUAGAAGAGGAAGCAGACCCAUCCUGCAUUAACACCGGCGUCAUCCAUCACAAUAAAGAUAACUUUGAUUUUCCGAAAAAGCUCAAAGGCCGCGAUGAACAAGAGUUGGACAAUCCACUGAUAUUUAUACUACCCAUAUGGCACGGAAGUAUUCAGUUAUACCUCACGGUAUGGGACUUCGACAAGAAGAACGAGGAUGACUUGGUGGCCAAUGUAUCUUAUCAUCUAAAAAACCUUACAGUUCAACCCAAUAAGUCAGAUCUACAGACGGUCAGACUCCCAAUCGAAGGAGGCUACAAAGAAGCACCAUGCGUGACGUUGAUCGAUGUGGCAGUAUACUGUAAUGAAGAUUUUUACGGACCAGAUUGUUCAAAACAUUGCGUUCCUCCAGAGAAUUCGAACUUCAUUUGCAAUACCGAGACGGGUGUCCUAGAAUGUAUAGCAGGAUACGAAGGCCCUAAUUGUAGUUUUGACACAGAUGAUUGUGAAACUAACAAAUGCCACCAAAAUGGAAUGUGUGUAGACCAAUUGAACGGAUAUGAAUGUAAAUGUAAAGCCGGAUAUCGUGGAAAAUAUUGUGAAAAACAAAUGAAUGAAUGCAACAGUGACCCGUGUCAAAAUGGUGCAACUUGUAAAGACGAGGAAGACAGUUACGAAUGUAUUUGUACCAACGGAUACACAGGUAGUAAUUGUGAAACUGAAAUUGAUGAAUGUGCGAGUUCACCGUGCCAACAUGGUGGUGUUUGCACCAAUCAGAUUGGACAAUUCAGUUGCGCAUGCGCUGCUGGCUACGAAGGUGCUUCCUGUCAAAAUGAAACAGAUGAAUGCAAGUUAGAAGACGAACCAUGUUUGAAUGGAGGAGUUUGCGAUGACGUCAUAAAUGAUUAUCAUUGCACAUGUCUUGAUGGUUUCAUUGGUGUGAAAUGUGAGGUGGAUAUUGACGAAUGCGCAAGUGCACCGUGUAAGAACAACGGAACCUGUGCGGAUAAAAUUGCUGGGUACACCUGCACCUGCCUUCCUGGCUACCAGGGUGCCCACUGUGAAGAGGACAUUGACGAAUGCGCUAGGCCUAGUCCUCCUUGCAUACGGGGACGUUGCGUAGACGGCAUUAAUACGUUUACGUGUGAGUGUGUGCCGGGUUACAGCGGGGAGUUUUGUGACACGGACAUAGACGAGUGCCUCAGUGGUCCCUGUGCGAACAAUUCAACAUGUACCACCGACAGAAUCAACCAGUUCAAUUGUUUUUGUGCGAACGGUUUUGAAGGAAUAGUUUGUGAUAAAGAAAUAAACGAAUGUAAGAGUGAUCCUUGUCAAAAUGGAGGUACGUGCCACGAUGAAGUAGGUCAAUUCACCUGCGACUGCCCUAAUGGCUACUCCGGUGACACGUGCCAUAUUGACAUAAAUGAGUGUGAGAGCAACCCAUGUCAGCAUGCUGGUACCUGUAAUGAUCUUAUCGGAAUCUUCAAUUGUGAAUGCUCACCGGGAUAUACCGGUACAUUUUGCGAAAUCGACAUUGACGAAUGCGUCAACAACACAUGUAUGAAUGGUGCAACAUGUAUAGAUGACAUUGCUACGUAUUUGUGCGACUGCAAAGAAGGGUUUGAUGGAAAUCAUUGUGAGGUAGACAUAGAUGAGUGUGUAUCUGUUCCUUGUAUGCAUGAUGGCAACUGCAAGGAUUUAGUGAACGGGUAUAACUGCACAUGCGCAAGUGGAUAUGCUGGUAAUCAUUGUGAAAUUGACAUCAAUGAAUGCGAUAGUUCACCUUGCUUGAAUAAUGGAACUUGUUUCGAUUUCGUCGAUUACUUCGUAUGUGACUGUACAGCAGGUUUUGACGGAGCUACAUGUGAGAAUGACGUCGACGAAUGCGCAAGCGAUCCGUGUGUCAACAACGGAACAUGUAUCGACGGUGUCAAUUACUUUCAGUGUUUAUGUGUUCAGGGAUUUACUGAUCCUCAUUGCGGAACAAAUAUCGACGAAUGUAGCAGUAAUCCAUGCCAUAACAACGCUACUUGCCAGGAUAGAACUAACUACUUUAUGUGUUUUUGCCUGCCUGGAUUCCAGGGAAAUCUGUGUGAGAUAGAGGUGAAUGAGUGUCACAGUAGUCCUUGCCAAAAUGGCGGGAAAUGUAAUGACCUCAUCGCAGAAUACGUUUGCGAUUGCCCUCCAGGCUACAAUGGACAUGAUUGCGAGUAUGAUAUAAAUGAAUGCGAGUCUUCACCAUGUGUCAAUGGACAGUGCCGGAAUAAAAUCAACCAUUUUGAAUGUUAUUGUGGUAGAACUGGCUUUGAGGGUGAUUUAUGUGAAAUCGAAACUGACGAAUGCUUCAGUUCUCCUUGCUUGCACGAUGGAACAUGCACCGAUAACAUAGCUUCAUUUUAUUGUGACUGCCCACAAGGAUUCAAUGGUACAACUUGCGAUAUAGACUUCAACGAAUGCGAGAGUGACCCUUGCCAGAAUAGUGCCACAUGUGUAGAUGAACAUGGUGCGUUCACUUGUGUAUGCCAACCCGGAUUUAAUGGUACAUCAUGCGAAACAAACGUGGACGAAUGCGCGAGCGAACCAUGUCAGCAUGGGGGAACUUGUGAAGACCGUAUCAACGGUUUCCUGUGUACAUGCAUCCCUGGGUACUCCGGUGACGUAUGCGACGUUGAUGUCAACGAAUGUGAAAGCAAUCCAUGUUUAAAUAACGGAACUUGUUCCGAUCAUUUGAAUUACUUCAUUUGCGAAUGUGCCCCCGGUUACCAUGGAGACACGUGUGAUAUUCAGAUCGACGAAUGCAGCAGUGGCCCCUGCAAAAAUUCUGGAGAAUGUAAAGACAUUUUAAAUGGAUACUAUUGCACAUGCGCCAAAGGAUUUGAUGGUAAGAUCUGUGAAAUUAACGUCAAUGAGUGCAGGAGUCAGCCAUGCAACAACGGAGGACGAUGCAUUGAUAUGGAUGAUCAGUACCAAUGUGAAUGCGUUGGCGCAUUUACUGGCCGACAUUGUGAAAUUGAUUCACAGAAAUACGGAUACAAAUUAGAUAUAGAGGGAACCGAUAUAAACACAAACGAACUUGAGAACAAAUUUGCAGAUCUAAUCGGAGAAAACGACCAUGCAAAGGGCGCUACACGAGUUGAAUGCAUCGUUGUUUCUACAAGUUUAAAUGAUCAAUCGGACACCAUCACCAGGGUUGCGUUUGUGGUGUUUGUUAAUGACACCUUCGUACCCGACAUUCAGGUUAAACACAUGGUUGAGGAGCUGCCGAACGGGGAAGCAGAACGACGAAUGCAACCGUACAUACUAUACAAAGAAACGGAAACAAACACUGAGGGCUGGACGGAAACGUACAAAAACCUCAUACUGAUUUUGACAGGUGUUAUAAUAUUACUGAUUAUUAUGAUCAUUGCAAUAGUGUGCUUUCGGUCCAGAAAGAGAAGAAAAACCCGUCACAAGUUUCUUGAACCAAUAGAACUCUCGUGUCCUUCUUACGAUUCAAACUACUCAACUGUCACGUCAUCGUCCAAUUGUUAAUUCUUGAAUGGUACCCGCCAACGCAACCUAUAAACUGCAUUGUCGGACAUUUUUACAAUGACCAUUGGGAAAAGGUUGGUUUCGUCGAAAUUUAGCCUUCUGGCCACCACCGGAUGUGUACAUUCACACACGUACUAUAUCGGAUGUUAACAACUCAACCCAACACUUUGAGGUCUACUAAGUGUUUGUACCACUUUGUACAAUAAACUUCUACUGUAAGUAAGGCGGCCACAAACACAAACACCCCCAUCCUACUUCCCUUGUGUAAUUUUAAGUACACAUUUGUAAUACAAAGUGAGUAAACAAUAAAGAUAGCAGGAGCUAUCGAAUUAUCCGUUUUAUUACAAGCAUAUUUUAAAAUGUAUUUGAAAACUAGAAAGUAAAUUCGACUGUAACCUGUC